AUGUCUAAAAGAGGACGUGGUGGUUCAGCCGGAGCGAAGUUUCGCAUUUCCCUGGGUCUCCCAGUAGGAGCAGUUAUUAACUGUGCAGACAACACAGGAGCCAAAAACCUGUAUGUCAUUGCAGUCCAAGGUAUCAAGGGUCGCCUGAACAGGCUUCCCGCUGCUGGAUCUGGUGACAUGAUUGUAGCUACUGUCAAGAAGGGAAAACCUGAACUAAGGAAAAAGGUAAUGCCGGCAGUUGUGAUCAGACAACGGAAACCAUUCAGAAGGCGGGACGGGGUGUUUAUAUACUUUGAGGAUAACGCAGGCGUGAUAGUGAACAACAAGGGUGAGAUGAAGGGAUCAGCUAUCACAGGACCUGUUGCCAAGGAGUGCGCGGAUCUCUGGCCCCGUAUCGCGUCUAAUGCUAGCUCUAUUGCCUGA